AUGGAAAGGUGCCCCGCGACAGCUGAAUGUCUCCGCCCGAGAGCGCAAUGCCGUCCUGCACGGCCUGGCUUCACCACGCACCCUAGCGCGCUGCGAAUCAUCUUCAAGUCAAUCGACCACUCACUCCGCCACCAGGCUCAUCCCAACUUUAUCCCAAUCAUCCUCACCCUCAGCAGUGCGCCACGCGGCUACCGUGCCAUCCCCGCCAUUGGCUUUGUUCUCGGUGUCUCAACGUUGGUGGCAGCGUGGAAGGGCAUGUGCGUGGUGCUUCACGGCAUGCACCACCGACACGUCAGGCCCUGGGAACUCUUCAUCGACAACGAGGGCGAGUGCGACCUCUCCAAGACGAGCUUUGAGUCGUUUGGCUCAGGCAACAGCUACGAGACGGAGCCCUGGGUUGUCAAGUACGAGAAGCGCAACACUGUGCGCAAGGUGUUUGACCGCGAAGUGUGGAUCCAGGAGCCAGCGCUGCGCCAGAUCCAGGACACGAUCUUUGUGCAAGCCAUGUUGUGCGCGCUGCUGGCGGCCGGUGUCUUGACGGCCAUCUUUGUUGCUGUUCCCGGGGGGAAACUGAUGUAA